AUGAAAAAAAUGAUGAAUCGUAAUCAUUGGAUGUACAAAACUGGGAGAUUUAACCCUGCAUAUUUGAGAGGCGUGCAAAGUUUUAUUAAGAUUGCUGAAGAUGAUCGUGUACUAAAAGGAAAUGAAUCAAUUCCGUGUCCUUGUAUGGAAUGCAAAAAUUUUACCGAAUUUAAAGAAAUAAAGGACAUCAGACAUCAUUUGAUUACAAAUGGUUUUAUGUAUAAUUAUACUUGUUGGUCAAAACAUGGGGAAUCACUUGCCAAUCGUAGCACAACAUCGACUAGUUCUGUUGGUUAUAAUGAUGAGAACAAUGAUUCAUACAUUAGUGAUGAUAAUGACAAUUUAAAUGACAGUGAUGACAAUUUAAACGAUAACAAUGAUAAUUUAAAAGACAUAUUCGAUGAUUUGGAAACUAAUAUUGGUGACAAUGAUCAAGAAAAACUACAACAGAUAUUUGCCGAUUCGGAAAAACCAUUAUAUACAGGUUGUGAAAACUAUUCUAAACUCAGUGCAGUGUUGAAAUUGUUCAACUUAAAGUCGAAGUACGGAUGGAGCGAUAAGAGUUUUACAAGUCUAUUAGUGGUUUUGAAUGACAUGCUUCCCAAAGACAACGAGUUACCCAUAUCCUUAUACCAAGCUAAAAAAAUGAUGUGUCCAAUGGGAUUAAAAGUUAAAAGAAUACAUGCAUGUCCGAAUGACUGUAUCCUAUAUAGAAAUGAGUUCGAAAACAGUCAUGAAUGUCCUACAUGUGGUGCAUCGAGGUACAAGCGAAAAAAAGAAGUUGCUGAAUAUGAUGACGAUGUGACGAAAAAUGGACCACCCGCUAAAUUGUUGUGGUAUUUUCCCAUUAUACCGAGACUUAAACGUUUAUUUGCUAAUGCUAAAGAAUCAAAAUUAUUGCGUUGGCAUUUUGAAGAUCGUAAAAAAGAUGGAAAGUUAAGACAUGUGGCGGAUUCACCUCAGUGGAGAAAUAUUGAUUAUAAAUUUCCAGAUUUUGGUACCGAGAUUAGAAAUAUACGGUUUAGUCUUAGUUCGGACGGUAUCAAUCCUUUUGCAAAUAUGAGUAGUCGUCAUAGUACUUGGCCGGUUCUUAUGUGCAUCUACAAUCUUCCACCAUGGUUAUGUAUGAAACGAAAAUACAUAAUAAUGUCGUUGUUAAUUCAAGGUCCAUACCAACCCGGUAAUGACAUUGAUGUUUAUUUAUCUCCUUUGAUUGAUGACAUGAAAACACUAUGGAGUACAGGCGUAAACAUGUAUGAUGCUUAUAAAAAAGAGAACUUUACUUUGAGAGCCAUGAUUUUUUGCACCAUAAGUGAUUUUCCAGCAUAUGGAAAUUUGUCAGGAUAUAGUACGAAAGGUAAAAAAGCUUGUCCAGUAUGUGAAGACGAAACAAGUUCGAUAUGGUUAAAUAAUUGCAGAAAAACCGUGUAUAUGGGACAUCGACGAUUUCUUCCCACUAACCACCGUUAUCGAAGAAAAACCAAAGAGUUUGAUGGAAAUACUGAGCUCCGAACGGUUCGGAAAGGGGGUUUUGAUGCAUAUUCGCGAGUUGAAGGUAUAAACACCGUGUUGGGAAAAAGAACUCGUACUGAGAAAGGAACUCGUACCAAGAAAGGAACUCGUACCAAGAAAGGAACUCGUACCAAGAAAGGAACUCGUACUGAGAAAGGAACUCAUAUCGAAAAUAGAGAUAAUUGGAAAAAAAGGUCAAUUUUUUGGGAUUUACCUUACUGGAAAUGUUUGGAAGUUCGACAUUGCCUAGAUGUUAUGCAUAUUGAAAAGAAUGUGUGUGAUAGUUUGUUGGGCUUAUUGCUAAAUAUUUCCGGAAAAACUAAAGAUGGUGUUAAUGCUCGUAAAGACAUGGAAGAGAUGGGAAUACGUAAAGAGCUUGCCCCUGUUGAGAGUGUGAAUGGUACUUAUCUCCCACCUGCAUUUUAUACUAUGUCAAAGGCAGAAAAAACAAAGUUUUGUAAAUGUUUACAUGAUAUUAAAGUCCCAUCUAGCUAUUCUGCAAAUAUUAAAAGUUUGGUGUCGAUGAAAGAGUGUAAAUUGCUUGGUAUGAAGUCUCAUGAUUGUCAUGUUUUAAUGACACAUAUGAUUCCUAUUGCAAUUCGUGGAUUAUUACCGGAGAACAUUCGACAUACAAUCACAAAACUUUGUUUGUUUUUUAACAUGAUUCACACAAAGGUUAUUGAUCCCGAAGUCUUGGACGAAUGGCAAAAGGAAAUUAUCAUUACCCUUUGUGAACUAGAGAUGCAUUUUCCACCGUCCUUUUUUGAUAUAAUGGUACACCUGAUAUCUCAUAUCGUACAAGAGAUUAAGGCUUGUGGUCCUGUAUUCCUACGUUACAUGUACCCUUUUGAAAGAUACAUGGGUUUCUUAAAAGGUUAUGUAAGAAACCGUAACCAUCCCGAGGGCAGUAUUGUUGAAGGAUAUAUUUGCGAAGAGCCGACCGAGUUCUGCACAGGUUAUUUGGAAGGUGUCGAAAGUAUUGGUGUUCCUAAAAGUCGUCAUUCAGGUCGACUUGCAGGUUUGGGAGUAGUUGGUAUGAAAAUAAUAGAUCCAGGCUAUGAGGAUCUACAACUUGCACAUUUUGUUGUUCUACAACAUAUGACAUGCAUUGCUUCAUAUAUUGAAGAACACAUGGAAAUAUGA